CCUUCCUUAACCGCGUCAUUUGGCAACAACAAGCACCGUUUACGUCCCUCUCUCUCAUCUCUUUCUAGCCGACGACGAUCGCUCCAUUUCUUUCUCGAUCUGUCGUCGGAAUCUCCAUUCGUAUUUCGAAUUCCGCCAAAUUUCCUCCCGGAGAUCGAUCCAGCUACCUGAGGAGCCAUGAAUCCCGAAUAUGACUAUUUGUUCAAGCUUUUGCUCAUCGGCGAUUCUGGUGUAGGAAAAUCAUGCUUGCUUCUGAGAUUUGCUGAUGAUUCCUACCUGGAUAGCUACAUCAGUACCAUUGGUGUUGAUUUUAAAAUCCGCACAGUUGAACAGGAUGGGAAAACCAUCAAACUCCAGAUUUGGGACACAGCAGGCCAAGAACGUUUCAGGACGAUCACUAGUAGCUACUACCGUGGAGCUCAUGGGAUCAUUGUUGUUUAUGAUGUCACAGACCAAGAGAGCUUUAACAAUGUCAAACAAUGGCUAAAUGAAAUCGACCGCUAUGCCAGUGAGAAUGUCAAUAAGCUACUGGUUGGGAACAAGUGUGAUUUGACUUCACAGAAAGUUGUGUCGACUGAGACAGCAAAGGCUUUUGCGGAUGAACUGGGCAUCCCAUUCCUGGAGACAAGUGCGAAGAAUGCUACGAAUGUGGAAGAGGCUUUCAUGGCAAUGACUGCUGCCAUCAAGACGAGGAUGGCGAGCCAACCAGCGGGGAACGCAAAGCCACCGACGGUGCAAAUAAGGGGGCAGCCGGUAACCCAGCAGUCGGGUUGCUGCUCCUCUUGAAGGAAGGAACCAUCAGUGUCUUAUCUCCAUAUUCGUUUGCUUGUAAGACCUUCUGAAUAGAAACCAUUUUGGAUUUGUCUGUACUUCGCUCCUUGUUCACCCGAAACUUCUCCAAAUUCUUUCUAAUUUCGAAUAAGAAAAUGUAUGUUAUUUCCGAAAUUUAGGCCCUUAACGUUUAUUAUCA